CUCUCUUUCAUCAAUCAUACCAUGUCCACCAACACAGCUCAAGAGCUCAUCUUACAGCAUUCAACAAAUCCAGUCAAUAACCCAGGUUAUGAAACCAAGACUGAUAAAGCCUGGGCACGUGACUACAAGCCCAUUAAGAAAGUCACUUCGCACACUAUGAUUGGCGCAGAUGGCAUCACUUAUGCCAAUUUUGAAGACGCCUUUCUCCCUCUACAGGACGAUGACGAACUGCGGUUCCGUCAAAGCGCUGUCCCACCGAAUAAUCGGCAUUGGAGACUCGAAACCGAGGCAGACUGUGAGAACUGGUUUCACACAGAGGUAGUCAAUGUUGUGCUCUCUGCGUGGCACGCGUAUCCAGCAGUGACUCAGACAUCUCACACAAAGCCUAUUGCAGAGGAAAACAUCGCUGAGAAUGUUGAUUGCGUCUUUUCUGUCAAAGUGGGCAACACGAGGCGCACUGUAGCUAUAGGAGAGAUGAAACGCAAUCUUCUAGAAGACGACUGGCAAGAUGGCACGAUCGUGUCUGCUUCUCAAAAGAAACUCUCGCAAGAGCUAAGAGGAUAUGCAUAUAAAUAUCGAUGCCCUCAGAUAUUUUGCUUUGACGGCAGUCUACUUGUUCUCCUGCAAUUCAAAGCAUACAGACUCGAGGACCUCAAGGAUGAAGCAUGCCCAGUUGACUGUUUGGCGAUUCCCAUCGAGGGAAGCUCGUGCAGCCUACGAUAUGGGCUCUACCGAUUCUUGGCACAGGGUUGGAGACGAUGCCAGGGAGAGUUUGCGGCGCAUUUUAGUGUGGGAGGGCUCACGCCGUACUCCAGGGAGUUUUAUACAGGGCUGCCUAUUUGGAAGAUUGAUGGUAGAAAGCAGAAGUCGCAUCCUGCCGGUUAUCGAAGGGCUGUUCAUGGUGAAAGCGGAGCUUUGAUGUGGACUCACGACGUGCAUCCCAUAGAGUGGGAGACUGGGGCGUUUUGGUAAUGGUUAG